AUGUACGUUACAGAUGACGACACCCGUGUGAGGCUACCACUACUCCCUGACCAACCUCACAGUGACUACAUCAACGCCAGCUACAUCCAGGGUCACUCGAAGACUGAUGCGUUCAUCGCUUCCCAAGGACCAAAGGCAUUCAACGUUGACACCGUCGGAGACUUCUGGAGGAUGAUCUGGCACACUCGCUGCCCCACCGUCGUCAUGGUCACCAGCCUCCAGGAGAACGCUGAGAUGAAGGUGGUGCAGUACUGGCCGGAGAAAGAUCAGCCUCUGUUCAAGGAUGGUAUAGAGGUUAAACUCGUCUCUACAGAAGUACAGCUGGACUUCGUCAUAAGGAAGUUGGAAGUUUCCAAGACGGAGGAAGUGAGACAGGUGAAGCAGUACCAGUACACAGCCUGGCCCCACCAUGGAGUGCCACACAACCCCUACGGUCUGGCACAGAUGAUCAAACACAUUACCAAGGAGCCCUCUACUGGACCUGUCACAGUUCACUGUAGGGUAUGCGACCUCCUGGAAACAGGGAACGAAGCUGAUGGAAGGCUCCUUCCAGGGGGACUUGCUUUUGCAGAAAUACUGCAGAACAGGCAAAGUGCCAAGGCCGCUCUAGAGGCAGCAGCUAUGAAAGCAGCUACUUCACAGAAAGCUGCAAAAUGCACUGAACAAAUGAUGGAAAGGAAACGAACAAUUAAAGUUGUAGUAGUACAGGAACCAGAGGGAUCCAAUCGGGAGGAGUAG